CAUCAGAUCAUCUCAACCCUCGAUUCUCCUCCAUCAUCUGACGGCUAACUCUUGAGAGAACAUAAGGAAACAACGUUCGCAUACCAAAUCAAAUCUCACCACCUCUCUCCAACAUCAGUAUCUUGACAGCCCCACCAUUGCAACAGACAAAACCCCUAGACUAGAGUAUAUACGAUAUAUAUACCACCAAUCCUCACUCGUUAGUGAUAGCAAAAUAGCAACUGUCUUGAUAUAAUCAGCGAUCAUAUGUGAUUAUAUUUAUAAUUGAUUUUGUUGUUCGGAGACCGUGUUCUUUGAAUAUGGAUGCUGCCAUGGCGGAAUUUAACGGCCAAGUUGACGGCCUACUCGGCGCCUCUGCGAAGCGUGAGAAGCUCAUUAUUGAUACCGACCCUGGAAUCGAUGAUAGCAUGGCGAUCCUUAUGGCAUUUCAAACACCAGAGUUGGAGGUCUUAGGCUUGACAACAAUAUUUGGUAAUGUGACCACGGAAGAUGCCACUCGUAAUGCCUUGCUUUUGUGUGAGAUUGCAGGGCGUCCAGGUGUUCCUGUGGCAGAGGGCAGCCCUGAGCCGCUAAAGGGAGGUAGGCCUCGGAUUGCGGACUUUGUUCACGGUUCUGAUGGAUUGGGGAACAUAUCUCUGCCUUCCCCAAGUGCAAAGAAAUCUGAGAAGAGUGCUUCUGAGUUUUUGACUGAAAAGGUCUCUGAAUAUCCUGGUGAAGUAUCUAUACUUGCUCUUGGACCUCUAACAAACUUAGCUUUGGCGAUCAAAAGAGACUCUUCCUUUGCGAGCAAGGUUAGAAGGAUUGUAGUACUUGGUGGUGCUUUCUUCGCAUUGGGAAAUGUAAAUCCUGCUGCAGAAGCAAAUAUCUAUGGAGAUCCAGAAGCAGCAGACGUAGUAUUCACUUCAGGGGCAAAUAUUGUUGUCGUUGGAAUUAACGUUACAACCCAAGUUAAGCUAACAGAUGACGAUCUUCUUGAAUUGCGGCAAUCAAAAGGAAAAUAUGCUCUACUUCUAAGUGACAUGUGCAAAUUCUAUAGGGAUUGGCAUGUGAAGUCUGAUGAUGUCUAUGGAGUUUUCCUCCACGACCCUGUUAGUUUUGUGGCACUAGUUCGGCCCGAUCUCUUCACAUACAAGAAGGGCGUUGUGAGGGUUGAGACGCAGGGGAUCUGUAUGGGCCACACCCUUAUGGACCAAGGACUAAAGAAAUGGAAUGGAAGUAACCCGUGGACCGGCUAUUCUCCUCUUUCAGUGGCCUGGACAGUUGACGUUGAUGGGGUCCUUAAUUAUAUAAGAAAACUGUUGAUGAAAGCAUAAAGCUUGGGGUCUUUGACAUCCUUUUCCACAUUUGCCAGAAACCAAAAAUGAAGGCCACAUUGCCUUUGAUUUCAAAUGAGAAUCCUUUGUGACCAUGUUUCAUUGUUCUUGUGGCUGGCCCAAUUCUUGGAUGUGGAGGCUCAUUAUGGGUCUCAAAAUCCUAUCAUGGCAUGCGUAAAUGUGUAUGAACAUUCAGAUCACUGAUGUUAAAACUUUUCAGUACUUCAAUGAGAAAAUUCUUGUUCUUGGGUUAA